CAAAAAAGAAAUAACCAGUAAAUCUGCUUAUAACGAGGAGGUCUUUCUUUUCUUGUGCAGGGGUACCAAGUGUAGUUGAUAUAACUAUCAUCACUCCAUAUGAAACUCAAGUUAUACUAAAGGGUAUCUCAACAGACAAGAUACUUGAUGUAAAGAAGCUACUAGCUGCCCAUGUUCAAACAUGCCAUCUUACAAACUAUUCUUUAUCCCACGAGGUUAAAGGACAUAGGUUGAAUGAUAGGUUAGAGGUGGUUGCUCUGAAGCCCUGUUUGCUGAGGAUGGUUGAAGAGGACUACACGGACGAGUCUCAGGCGGUGGCGCAAGUGCGGAGGCUACUGGACAUCGUCGCAUGUACGACCCGCUUCGCGAAGCCCAAAGCUGGAAGAUCUACCACCACCACCGCCGUCUGCGGUGGCGUUACAGAAGGUAAAGCCAAGAGUAGUGGGACCAACCAGAGCACCACCCUCGGCCCAGCAUCUUCGCACUUAGAUGGAGAAGCCCGAGCAUCAGAGCCGUCAGUCUCGGCGAUUUCUGAGAGCUACGACAUGGUUGCAAUUCACCCAGUACCGAAGCUCUCUGAUUUUUUCGAAUUCUUCUCUUUCUCUCACCUCUGUCCUCCUAUACUAAAUUUAAGAAGAGUGGAACGUAAGGAUGAGGAAGAGGCCCGAGAUGGUGAUUACUUUGAGAUGCAGAUUAAAAUAUGCAAUGGGAAGUUAGUACAAGUGGUUGCUUCAGUAAAAGGGUUCUACACUUUGGGAAAACAAUUUCUACAAAGCUACUCUGUGGUGGAUCUUUUGCAGCAGCUAAGCCAAGCUUUUGCAAAUGCAUACGAGUCCUUGAUGAAAGCUUUUGUAGAACACAAUAAGUUUGGAAAUCUUCCGUAUGGUUUUCGUGCCAAUACAUGGCUUGUCCCUCCUGCUGUUACUUAUUCUGCAACAAACUUCCUGCCCCUUCCAACAGAAGAUGAGAACUGGGAUGGAAAUGGUGGAGGCCAGGGAAGAUACGGUGAAUAUGAUCUUAGACCAUGGGCAACAGAUUUUGCGGUAUUGGCUAGCCUUCCUUGCAACACUGAGGAGGAGAGGGUGGUCCGAGACCGGAAAGCUUUCUUGCUUCAUAGCCUGUUCGUUGAUGUCUCAAUUUUUAAAGCUGUCUCAGCCAUACGCCAGGUAUUAAGUUCUUCUAUGAAGGAAAAAGACGCAUCAAAUUUAUCUCCAGGCUUAAUCUUGCAUGAGGAUCGUGUUGGGGACUUGACUAUUACAAUACAACGAGAUGCCGUGCAUACAAGCUUGGAUUCAGAAGUAAAAAUUAUUGGAAGUGAAUCAUCCGGUAUGUCUGCUAAGGAUGUUUCUCAAAGGAAUCUACUGAAAGGGGUGACUGCAGAUGAAAGUGUAGUUAUACGUGAUACCUCCUCACUAGGUUGUGUUGUUGUGAGACAUUGUGGAUAUACUGCAAUUGUGAAGAUUGUGGGUGAUAUUAAGAAGGGAAAAUGCUUGGCUCAAGAUGUGGACAUUGAUGACCAACCAGAUGGAGGAGCCAAUGCACUUAAUGUUAACAGCUUAAGGGUUCUGCUUCAUGUGUCAUCUAAUUCCGAAUCGCCCGGAGGAUCCCAGUCACCUCAAUCUAAGCUAAAUGAUCUUGAAACUUCAAGAAGCCUGGUUCGUAGAGUAGUCAAAGAAAGCUUGUCCAAGUUAGAGGACAAAACAAUGGGUUCCGAAAGGUCUAUCAGAUGGGAACUUGGUUCUUGUUGGGUGCAGCAUCUACAAAAGCAGGAAACACCAGUGGACAACAGUGCUAAAAGCCCCGAGGCUGAUGAUAAGGCUGAACAACUGGUUAAAGGACUUGGGAAACAAUUUAAAAUGCUGAAGAAGAGGGAAACAAAACCAAGUAAUGUUUCUGGUCUGAAAGUUAAUGACGAAAAUGAUCUGACUGCCAGCAGCCUAAAUGUAGAAAGCAGAACUGGAGAGCUAAAUGAUAGCCUGUCUAACUGUGAGGUGGAGUUGAAGAAAUUAAUUCCUGAAGAUGCAUUCGUACGAUUGAAAGAAACUUGGACAGGCCUUCAUUUAAAGUCGGUGGAUGAGCUCAUCAAAAUGGCACACAAGUAUUAUGAUGAAAUUGCUUUGCCUAAGCUGGUGACAGACUUUGGAUCUCUUGAACUUUCACCGGUUGAUGGACGCACACUAACUGAUUUCAUGCAUCUAAGAGGACUACAAAUGCGUUCUUUGGGUCGUGUGGUUGAACUUGCAGAGAAGCUUCCUCAUAUUCAGUCUCUUUGUAUUCAUGAGAUGGUCACUCGUGCUUUCAAGCAUGUACUUCAAGCUGUUAUUGCUUCAGUGGACAAUGUGGCAGACUUGUCUGUAGCAAUAGCAUCAUCCCUGAAUUUCUUGCUUGGUGCCUGCUCAAUGGAAAAUAAUGACGAAAACUCGAGUGGUGAUCACAUCAUCAAAUUGCAAUGGUUACGAAUGUUUCUUGCCAAAAGAUUUGGUUGGAGGCUAAAAGACGAAACCCAACAUUUGAGAAAAUUAUCAAUCCUUCGAGGACUUUGCCAUAAGGUUGGAUUGGAGUUGGUUCCAAGAGACUAUGAUAUGGAUAGACCAAACCCCUUUAAGCAAUCUGAUGUCCUCAGCAUAAUUCCCGUGUGUAAGCAUGUAGGAUGCUUUUCUUCAGAUGGGCGAACUCUGCUAGAAUCAUCUAAGAUUGCACUGGAUAAAGGGAAGCUAGAAGAUGCUGUUAAUUAUGGGACUAAGGCACUGGCAAAGAUGAUAGCUGUAUGCGGUCCCUAUCAUCGAGCAACUGCAAGUGCAUACAGUCUUCUAGCUGUUGUUCUUUACCACACUGGAGACUUUAAUCAGGCAACCAUAUAUCAACAAAAGGCUUUGGAUAUCAAUGAGCGGGAGCUUGGGCUUGACCAUCCAGAUACAAUGAAAAGCUAUGGGGAUCUUUCUGUGUUUUACUAUCGUCUCCAACACAUUGAAUUGGCACUGAAAUACGUGAACCGUGCUUUGUUCCUUCUUCAUUUUACAUGUGGUCUGUCUCACCCAAACACAGCUGCAACUUAUAUAAAUGUGGCUAUGAUGGAAGAGGGCAUGGGAAAUGUAAAUGUUGCUCUCAGAUACCUGCAUGAAGCCCUUAAAUGCAACCAAGGAUUGUUAGGAGCAGAUCACAUACAGACUGCUGCUAGCUAUCAUGCCAUAGCAAUAGCGCUUUCAUUAAUGGAAGCAUAUUCCCUCAGUGUGCAACAUGAACAAACUACACUACAGAUUCUUCAAGCCAAACUUGGUACAGAGGAUCUUCGUACUCAGGAUGCUGCUUCAUGGCUUGAGUAUUUUGAAUCAAAAGCCUUUGAGCAGCAAGAAGCAGCACUGAAUGGAACGCCAAAGCCAGAUGCAUCCAUUGCCAGUAAAGGCCACCUUAGCGUAUCAGAUCUCCUUGAUUACAUAAGUCCUGAUCAGAAUUCAAAAGCAGGAAAUGCUCAGAGGAAACAGCGUGCGAAGGUGUUGGCCAUUAGUGACAAAUUCCACGAAGUGCAGCAUGAUGCAAGAAAUGAUGACACUGUGACUUGCGAUGGAACAGAAAUCUCUAAGGCCCUGGUAGACAGCAAUAUAGAGGAGAAGGCAAAUACGGUUCUUCCUCGAGAACCUAAAGAUAGCGAUAGUGCCACACUUGAUCUUACAGUUACAGAAGUUUUCCAAGAAUCGAGCUCAGAUGAAGGCUGGCAAGAAGCCAAUUCUAGAGCACGGUCAGGAAAUCGCGCUGCUAGGAAAGGUCGAAGGCGACCAGAUCUUGCUAAGCUAAAGAUAAGUAGUUCUGAAUACCCUAAUUGUAGAGAAAGCAGUUAUAGGAAGGAAGCUAUUUUGCAAGGACAGAAAACUACGAACAACACAAUUUCAACCGAAUUGUCUCCCAUGAAACCGCCCAUCGUUCUUAGCAUGAGUGCCGGCGAGGAUUUGAGUAACCUUCCAGGAAAAACUUCACCUUCCAAACCCUCUCCCUCAGCAGUCUCCAAAGUUUCCCCUACUCGUGCCAAUCUCACAGGCAUAGCUUCAAAAUAUUUGUCAUACAAAGAAGUAGCAGUGGCACCACCAGGUACGGUUCUAAAGCCCUUACUGGAAAAAAUAGAAGAAUUAAAUGGUGAAGAAACUGAUAUCCAGAUCUGCAAUAGUCCACCCAAGACAUCAACGGACGAUGGGAGUGACAAAGGCGCCAUAGAUGCAGCAAUAACAGGUGAUGCAGAUAUGAACGGAGUCCAGGAAGGUGAAGUUCUUGGAAGUGGACCUGUUUUGGAAAAAUCUGCACCAGAACUUGAAGACAUUCCGUGCUCAGGUGAUCAGGAUAACCUUGUAGAAACUAACGGCAGCAAACUUUCGGCUGCAGCUCCACCAUUCAAUCCAGGUGCCUUCCCUUUGACGCACCCAUUGAACUCAGUUGCUGUCACUGGUGUAUAUGAUGUAAUAGCCAGCCAUGGAAUGCUUGCAGAGCCAGUGGGAUUCCCAUCAAUUGCUGCUAGAGUUCCUUGUGGGCCUAGAUCCCCCUUGUAUUACAAAACGAGCCAUUCUUUCCGCAUGAAACAUGGAUUUUUGAAAUACCAAAUCCCGAUCACAGAAAGAACUGGACUUGGCUCUGCAAGAAACAUGAAUCCACAUGCACCAGAAUUUGUUCCUCGAAACGCUUGGCAAGCAAAUCCAGAAAGUGAAGAUUCAGAAGGUUCAACUGAUUCAAAGUGUUUGGUUGAUUCUAACGAGGGGUUUUCUUCUGAAAAGAAACAUGAGAAAAAGGAUACCAAUGAAAUUAAAGAUAACAGAUCUAGGAAAAGCACUUCAGAUGCAGAGAAGGCGGAGCUUGCAAGACAGAUACUGCUUAGCUUCAUUGUUAAGUCAGUUCAGCAUAAUUCAGAUCUCGCGAGUGAGCAUCCAGUUAGUGAGAAGAAGAAACCUGAGUUUUCAGAAAGUUCUAGUGAAGCAAUUGUAAAUGACAAUGCAAUUAUAAAAAUUGUCACUGGGAAUGAAGGAAAGACAAAACUGGCUCAGCAAGCUGCGAAUAAUGAACAGCUAAAAUCUCUAGAUAUAAAUAACAAUAAGCAUGGCGAUGGAGAAGGAUUUGUAGUUGUCAGAAAACGGAGAAGAAACCGGCAGCAUUUCACAAACCGGGCAAGUGGGCUGUACAACCAGCAAUCCAUCUGUGCAUCAGUCCGUUGA